AUGGCCGAAAAGUUGUCCGAGGAACAGAUCGCUGAGUUCAAAGAGGCCUUUUCUCUUUUUGACAAAGACAGCGAUGGAAAAAUUACCACCAAGGAAUUGGGAACUGUUAUGAGAUCAUUGGGCCAGAACCCAUCCGAGUCCGAGUUGACGGAUAUGAUCAACGAGGUCGACAUCAACAGCGACGGCUCUAUCGACUUCCCUGAAUUCUUGACCAUGAUGGCCAGAAAAAUGAAGGAUACAGAUUCCGAAGCUGAGAUUGCGGAAGCUUUCAAGGUGUUUGACAGAAAUGGAGACGGCAAGAUCUCCGCCGCUGAAUUGAGACACGUCUUGACCUCGAUCGGUGAGAAGUUGUCCGAUGCUGACGUGGACCAAAUGAUCAAAGAGGCUGACACCAACAACGACGGUGAAAUUGACAUUCAGGAAUUCACUCAGUUGUUGGCUGCCAAGUAG